CACUCCCACACUUAGGUCGCGACUGUCGCGAGACCGAGACAGUCGCGAGUCGCGAGACUACCGAGCCGGUGUAAGGGUUAAAGAAAAGUAAGAUUAGUCGAAUCCAUGACGACUGCUACAAUGAGCAUUCGUAUUAGUUUCUCUGCCCUUCGAACAUGCAAACGAAAAGGAAAUGGUUGCCAAAGAUAUGCAAUUAGAUGCGGUUCUACCCAGGCUGGCACUAAGAUGUUAGAACGCUUAGAUAACAGAAGUAUGUUGCGUGUAAACGGCUAUGAAACGUCUACUUUCCUGCAAGGAUUAAUCACAAACGAUAUGAAGCAUCUCGAAGAAGGAGCUCCUAACAUCUAUACUUUGUUUUUGAAUAUUAAGGGUCGAGUAAUGUACGACGCUAUAGUGUACAAGAGCCAGGAAAACGAUUCGUACUUUGUAGAAUGCGACUCGCAAAUCGUCGACUCUUUACAGAAGCAUCUGAAGAUGUUUCGCGUAAGACGGAAAAUAGAUAUAGAACAUGUAGGGGAUAAAUUGAAGGUCUGGUCAAUGUUUGAUUCGUUCAAAACAUUUGACACCAAAGCCACUGUGGAUGAAAAUAGAAAACGUAAUCCAGAAGGAAUGAUAUUUCCUUGCGGUACAUUAAACAGUAAGACCAGCAAAUUCAUCGAUAACAUUAUGAUAUACGAAGAUCCCAGAUUACCUGAUUUAGGUCUCAGAAUUCUAGCAGAAUCACAAAUUGACGAGCAUGAGAUAAUCAAACAUUUAGAUUCCGAUGUGUUCGCUUCUAAAGGUGUUGAGAAUUAUAGAGCGUUUAGAUACAAGCUAGGAAUAGGAGAAGGUGUGCACGAUUUACCGCCUGGAAAAGCAUUACCUCUAGAGAUCAAUUGCGAUUACUUGCACGGCGUUAGUUUUCACAAAGGCUGUUACAUAGGUCAGGAAUUAACUGCGCGUACGUAUCACACGGGUGUGGUGAGAAAACGUUUGAUGCCUCUUGUGUUUGAGAAUAUCGUGGACAAACUGAUCGCGUACGAUGAGAAGAUUCUUGACGAGUCGGGCAACGUGGUAGGAAAAUUCCGGGGAUACGUAGAAAAAUAUGGAUUAGCUUUGAUGCGUAUUAAUGAAUCUCUUAGUGCUCAGCAGCUAAGUGUACUGGGUAUAAAUGUGAAGGUAGUCAAACCUACUUGGUGGCCCCAAGAAUUUCAAAGAGAAACUGUUUCUGUCAAAAACACAAAAUGAUGUACUUAUUUAGAAUGAAAUUUGUAUAGAAAAUUAUA